AUGUCAAAGGCCGUGCCGCUUCCAGGCAUCACAUUUGCCGGCACUUCGUAUGCGCGGAACGAAAGGGUGUUUGAGACUUUGCCGAGGAAUGACGCCAGGCGGCUCCGACAUCGAGAGGUAAUCCAGUUUAGGAGCGCGACUCACCCACCGGAGAAGCCACGUUGGAACAUGUCCGUGUUGGAUGAGGCCCAUCCGUUUCCUGAGCGUCCUAUAAUGCACUCCUUGCAGAGGUUUGAGGGUGUAGAUGUGUCUUCCAGGGUGUUUCCACAGACAGUUCGAGGCACAAAACAUCUUGAAACAAAAUUUCGUUCGCCGCUCUGGAUGAGUCGGGAGGGAAACAGAUCUUCUUCUAAUGGUGACCGUCCGCAACGACAGCGGGUAGGUUUUCUCUCCCGCGUUAUUGAGUCUGACUUCUCUGAAAGCAAAAAGAAGGCGCGGGAAGGAUGGGUUGCAUCCACGAUGCGUUGGAGUUUUGCGGGACAGAUCGGUGAAGCAGAGGAGGCUCGAAGGAGCUACGUAGAAGUGAACAAGAAGAAAAAGGGUGUAUUGAACAUGGACACUUACCUCAGCCCUGUCUUUCGAGUGAGAGAAAUGAAUGAGCGUAUUCGAGAAGCGAAACGAAGUGAACGAAUGCGGAAGGAGCAGGCUUCAUUACCUCCGGUGGGUGCUAAUGGUGCCCCGGCAGUUUUUAAAAUGAGCAACAUCGACGAGUGGUGGCAUUUGGACCCCACGCUCACAGUAGCAGGCACAACGGCGGCGCCUGCUGUGAAUGUAUAG